AUGCUUGAAGCUCGCUUAGGUGAAUCUAGCUCGACGAUCCAAUCAGGCGACGCAAAUUCCAAUCCGGAGGGUCUGCUGGUCAUGCUUGAGUCCCUUUCUCAUGGGAAAUCCCCUACCCCCACCUACCUCCCCGAGAAGACUUCCAUUGCUCCGCUCUAUCAACCCGGAAAGCCCGUUUACUUGCUGCUUUUGCCCGAUCGGGCGUCCAGCCAGCAGAUCAUCGAAUUCUCUCUAGAGAAUUUGACUUGGAUUCACUGUGCCGUGAGAACAAAGAUUUUUUUACAAGAGCAUGCUAGCUUUUGGGAAUGCAUUGAAAACGGAAACAAUACAGCCACUCCACAGGAACACGGAUGGAUAUCCAUAUAUUUUAGUCUGCUGACGGUUGGGCUAUUAUACAUGGACCCAGAAGAACGGCCAAUCUUGCCGCGACUCAAGAGCUUUGAAGAAAAUGCGAGUCGGUCGAACAUAGAUAGCGAGAGGGGCAGGCAUAUCGCCCGAAUGUGGUAUGAAGCUGCGAUCAAAGAGCUCGAGGCUUCGAAUCCAAUGACCAAUGCAGACUUGAAGACAGUGCAGACUGUAGCCAUCUUGACCUUGGCGCAUAGUCAUUUCGGUCAGAUGGAGCAGGAGUACUUACUUUUAGGCCUGGCAACGAAUACCGCACGCGUGCUUGACAUGCAUCUAUUAGCUUCGGAAGACCGGUUUUCGCGACGAUUGGCGUCCCAGCCGAACUGGUCCACGCCCGAGAAUCGCCAGUUAGGGCGUCGUCUCUGGUGGACUCUUGUCAUUUGUGACUGGCUCGGGCUGUUUACCCGCCCUUCUUCCAUUUCACCCUCCAGCUUCAACACAACAUUGACGCCGCAGCGUUGCGAUAACAAUGAUCUCCUACUGGAAAAUGAGACACUUGACCAACAAAUACCUGCACUCAGGUACCAUCUCACCAUGUCGCAACUAGCUAGUGUCAUUUAUAUUAAUGUCAAGGCACCACGCGAUCCGAACACUGACCGUUUCACCAUGGUUCUCAACCAGGUUGAAAGAAUUGAAAGAUCAGUGGCCCGUCGAUCGGUGUCAAUAUCCGACAGUACACCCGGAUGGGCCGUAGCACAAGAAUACAUGAUUGGCCACACAGUUCAACUGCUUUCAGUCACGAUAGCCCGAGCGUCCCUAGUUAUGUGGCUGACGGGCCGACCGAACACCGAGCUGAUAAUCGAAAGAGGAUUCCAAAGUGCAUUGAAGAUCGUCCGUAUGCGCCAACAGCCGGUGCCACGCCUAUACCAGUGUCAUUGGAUCAUCCCGGCGGCCACUUUAGCUGCGGGUGUUUAUUUAGCAAUUCACCUCAUCUGCUUCAAAGACGCAACGGUUUCGACACAGGUCACCGAGCGCCGGCGAUUGAUUCGUUACUGCAUUGGCGCCAUUCAACAUCCAAAUCCAAGCACUCCCUUGGCUAUCCAGGGGUCACAAAUGCUCGAAAUUCUAUUGCAAAUAGAAAUGCACAGCCCCAGUGUUGCUGCAACGGACAAGGCAACGGUGGUCAACUUAUUGAAGAUGACAUUCCAAGAUCAGGGACCCUCGUUCGACCCCAUCAAUGAGUAUGGAGCCAUAAUGCCCACAGACUUGAACCCGUCAGGAGAUGAGCUUAGUCUCCUUUGGCCACCAAUGAUAGGUGAUUUUAACUUGGAUGUUCUGCUUCCAGAUUUGGACUGGGGUCAAAUGGAUGCCGAGUGGCACAUUUGA